AUGUGACCUAGGUCGGUUGUCAUGUGACUUUUCAAGUUAACUGGCUGUCUUGCUUUGCGGGAUUUUGCAAAGGCUGAGAUGGAGAAGAUGCGAAAGCUAGUAUUCGCCAAUUUUAUUUGCAUUUCUACAAUAUGGAAUGUAUGUCGCGCAUUAGACGGCGGAAUUCUUUAUCCUCGGGAGUCGAUGUCACGGGAAAUUAAAGAACUGAAUGGAUUGUGGAGCUUCAGGGCCGAUUUUUCACGGAACAGGAAAUUGGGCUUUGAAAAGGCAUGGUUCAAGAGUCCCUUGGCACAGACAGGUCCUGUGAUCGACAUGCCUGUGCCUGCCAGCUUCAAUGAUAUCACUCAAGAGCCCCGACUGAGGGACUUCAUUGGCUGGGUGUGGUAUGAGCGGGAGGUGCUGGUCCCUCCCCGCUGGGUGUCUGAUGAGGGCCUGAGAAUAGUGCUUAGGGUGGGAAGUGCACACUACUAUUCUGUGGUUUGGGUGAAUGGGGAGAUGGUCGCUGAGCACGAGGGGGGCCACCUUCCGUUCGAAGCGGAUGUCAGCAGCGUGCUCCGAGCUGACCCCACCGUUCCCUGCAGGAUCACCGUCGCCGUCAACAACACACUGACCCUGCAAACAUUGCCUCCUGGCACCAUUCAGCACAUGGACGACCUCACAAAGUACCCAGCCAACUAUAUUGUGCAGAAUACAAAUUUUGACUUCUUUAAUUAUGCUGGAAUACACCGACCCGUGCUACUAUACACUACCCCGAAGGCUUACAUUGAUGACAUCACAGUGGCGACAAGUUUUGCAGAUAAUAUUGGACUAAUAAACUACCAGGUGUCUGUCAAGGGCAGUCAGAACCCAGCAGUGAAGGUGAUGCUGAUGGACAAGGAUGGUCAUUGCGUGGCCACUGCCAAUGGGUCGUCUGGGAUUCUCAAAAUUGUGGAUGUCAAUCUGUGGUGGCCCUACCUAAUGCAUGUGAAUCCGGGAUACCUGUAUUCUCUUGAGGUGCAAUUGAAGGCAGUGAACGGCAGCUCGCAGUAUGAGGAUUUCUAUACUCUUCCUGUGGGCAUCCGCACAGUCCAGGUCACCAAGACUCAGUUCCUCAUCAACAACAAGCCCUUCUACUUCCACGGAGUCAACAAGCAUGAGGACUCUGAUGUUCGAGGGAAGGGCCUGGACUGGCCGCUUAUCGUGAAGGACUUCAACCUGCUGAAGUGGCUGGGGGCCAACUCCUUCCGCACGAGCCACUACCCCUACGCCGAGGAGAUCAUGCAGAUGUGCGACCGCCACGGAAUCGUGGUCAUAGACGAGUGCCCCGGCGUGGGCAUCAAAGACAUUCGCAGUUUUGGAAAUGCUUCUCUUGCCCACCACCUGGUGGUGAUGGAGGAGCUCGUGAGGAGGGACAAGAACCACGCCUCUGUGGUCAUGUGGUCCGUAGCCAACGAACCUGCUUCUGAGAUGCCUCCUGCUGGAUUAUACUUUAAGACGUUGAUUACGCACACCAAGUCUCUGGAUUCUUCUCGGCCUGUCACCUUCAUUACCGAUAGCAACUUUGACAGGGAUAAAGGGGCUCCCUACGUGGACGUCGUUUGUGUGAACAGCUACUUCUCCUGGUACCAUGACCCUGGGCAUCUGGAAGUCAUUCCCAUUCAGCUGAACACCCAGUUUGAGAACUGGUAUAGCAAAUACCAGAAGCCCAUCAUUCAGAGCGAAUAUGGAGCUGAUGUUGUUCCAGGGCUCCACACUGACCCGCCCAUGAUGUUCACAGAGGAGUACCAGAAAAUUGUCCUGGAGAAUUAUCACCGCGUGUUUGACCAGAAGAGGAAGGAGUAUGUCAUCGGCGAGCUCAUCUGGAACUUUGCCGACUUCAUGACGGCGCAAACCAUCACUCGGGUCGUGGGGAACAAGAAGGGCAUCUUCAGCCGGCAGCGACAGCCGAAAACGGGCGCGUUCAUCCUGAGGGAGAGGUACUGGAAGCUGGCGAACGAAACGGGCCUCCUGCCCAGCUGGACGCGGUACCCCUGCCUGUGAGGGCACCGCCACGGCCGCCACGGGCCUACCGCGCUGCCGGAAUCAGGAGGGGGACGGGGGACGCACCAGCGCAAGUGCCUUUGAACUCAGUGCCUUAUUUCGUCAGACGGGACAAAAGGAUGGUGCUCUUAUUGAUCGACGCGUCAUAUCCUAUGGGUCAAGUUUUUUUGUUUUUUUCCUUCAAUCAGAGAACAAGUUGUUUUGCUAUAAAUGUGAAUUUCAGUUUUCAUCAUUUCACCGCUAUCCAUAUUGUAUGUUGUCUAAAUGGCAGUUUUGGCUAUUUUCAUAAGCUUUUGUCUUUCAAUGCAGGUUACAAUAACAGGUCAACAGCCAGAGCUAAAAAAAGGAACAAAAAAAAAAUGGGUUUCAAUCCUGUGUGAACGGUGUCUCCCACACUACCCACACUGUUGCGACUGUGUGUGACUUUCCCAUAAUCCCCCUUGUGUGGCAGGAAUUGCAGUGUUAUUUUUUUUUUGUUAAAAUACCAUGGUAGGAAACCAGCCCAUGGGCCCUGCCCCAAAAGCACGAGCUGCAUUAACUGUCAUAUUGAAGCAAAGUGCCACCAUCACAGCUGCUGAAAAUCUUGUCGGAGUCAAACUUUGGGUGGGGCGGGGUGUAAGGGCGAGGGAGGAGAGACGGGUUUAGCUGGGUGUUGUUCUCGUACCACCCACAGUGCUCUCUGACGCUUCUGUAGCCUGCGGCAGUUAUCUUCCAUUGUGGCAUCAGUUCAGGAUACCUUAACAGCAAACUCCUAAAUCAACAGUAAGCAAUUGAGAGAGGAAUGUCAUAGAAUGGUAGAUCUUUGGCAUUUUUUGGUUUACGUAAAAUCAGCAGUGCCUGAAUAGCUUGAGCUCACCAAGUCUGAUUAGGGGAAAGCAGUUUGUCACACCAGGGAUAGAUGUUCUACUGUAUGUGAUUUCCGACUUUAAAUAUCUCUGACAAAUCAGUGUAAAGUUUAUGUACAGUAAAUUGCAAUGUACAGUUACCAGUACCCCAAGACAUAUGUUGUAAGUUUUGAGUAUAACAAACUAUAAGGUUUAUGUGUGUAAAUUUAACCAAGCAGUUUAAGUAUAAUUUUUUAUUGACCUCCAUAAUGCAGUAAAUUGGAAGUCCUUAAGUAUAGUUGCCUCUCUCUUACCCCUUGAACCACUAUGCCCUCUUAUGGAAGAAUAAACACUACAGCUCCUUCAUCAGCUGGAUUGAAUAAAUGAGGAAUGCACAUUUAAAAUAUUUUCCAUCCUUGGGAUGUUUAUACCCGCAUGUUUUUAUUACAAAAAAUGCAGACCUUGUUCAUCACACGUAAAUGGUUCUUUGAUUAUUCCCAAUAUCAUUAUGAUUUAUCAGGGAAACUUCCAGAAAGGACAAAAUACUUUUAAACAAAGCAUUGGGCUGAUUGAAAUCCAUCACCAGAGAAAAAAGGUCUGCUCUCAUACCAGUGAUUUCUGCAGCCGAAUUCUUAGCCAGUGCACUUCCAAUACACAAAAAUGUGAGGCUAUACAACUUGUUUCUAUGUCUGCUGGUCAUGAAUCAUAAAUCUCAACACUAUUCGGGGUAAUCUAUUCUGGGUUUUUAUCUUGAUUGCUUGCACAUACCAGUAUUUCUAGAAAACUGUAUUUUUGAAACUCUAUUAUCAAUAAAAAUCCUAUUGUGUA